AUGGCAGAACCUCGAGACUACCAAGAGGAAGUCUUCAGCUCUGGGGACAAGCGUGAUGGAUACCCAUACAAUCGCAGAGAAGGACCUAGUUCCAGUGGAACUAACAGUCCCUCCACUAGAACAUCCUCUGUCCAAAUUCCAACCCCUCCGGCUCAUAUGGAAAUUGAUGAUGAAGAAGACGCCGCCACCGUUGGGGUUCCUGCGCCUAAGGAUCGCAACACCAACAGCAAGGAAAGCCCCAAGAACCCUAAGAAGAAGUGA